CUUGCAGAGCGACAAGACGGUCAGACGAGCACUUGAUAUAGGUGUAGAUCUUCUCAAAUUUCAUCUUCGUACACUCAUUUUCGUAUACUCUCAACUACAUCAACUCAAUCAAACCCACCCACUCAUUAACUCACAAUGACUCGAGCUGAAGCCGCACCAUCUUCCGUCGCCGAGGCCGCUCGUGACAAGCACAGCCGUAGCACCCCCGCAGGCAGCUCAGGACCCAGCAAGGACAGCGUCAGCCACCCUACUGGAGCCGCUGUGCUCGGCACGGAGAUCGGCGCUGAGGGCGAUGCCCGUAGGGAGCGUGCCGACGCAAUCGCCCAGGGCGAUGUGCUUCCUCCAGCCUCCAACGCUCGUAGCACCGCCGGUGACAUGGGCUUUGGUCAGGUGAAUGGCGCCGAGCAAGGGUUCCAGGACCGAUCCGAGGGCCAGAGGGACCAGCUGCAGCAGGAGCGCAACAAGGAAUUCAGCAGCGGACAGCCCGACCUGCUCAACAUCGCUAGGACAUCAGGAGGUGCUGGCGCCACAAACCCCGUUGCCAACCAGGACAAUAUCACCAGCACCGGUAACACCAACCCCAGUGACCUGCUGGCCCAGGCUGGAACCUCUGCUGGUCAGCCCACCGGUACUGGCGCUUUCGAUGGAGAGGUCUCUCGUGACGCACCCACAAACGCAUAAUACAGUACACAGAAAAGAAAAAGGAAUG